AUGGAGCAAGAUUACUCUGAACCAGGAUGGCGAUAUCAUAUCGCCAUAAGUGAUGAUGGAAAAGAAGCUGUCAAAUUUAGCAUUCAAAAAGACAAAGGAGAGUUCGUUGGAUACCUGACAGCGUACAAAGUCAACGGAAAUGAAAUCUCCAAAGUCUCCGAUGACUCGUAUACGAUCAAUGCAAGCUAUAUACAAGCAGCUUACGACUCGAGUUCUGCUAUGCCAACAUGGAGUCUUGCCAUAUCCAAUAUGAAUAAACACGGAAAGACUUUGGUUGCGCUUUCCUAUUUCCCGACUAAGGAAAUAACUUAUAAAACAAGCUCUGAUUUAGAAUCUGGAAGCUCGCAAGGUUACGGCACAUAUGUGCUUGUGAUGGAUCUCAAUAAUCCUGAUAAAUGGUUAAGGAUAGAAACACCAUUGGACGAGUUUGCUGGAGUAGUUAAUUUUGUAUCGGACCCCAACUCGGAUAUGUGGCUAUUGACAAUAUCAAAAAUAGAGGGAAUCUUUCAUUAUAAUAUUGACCCAUAUCAUACAAAACCAUACAAGCCCUUGAAUGAGACUACCGUAUGGCAGCGUGAUACCCCGAAGGUAUAUAGUCACAAUAUGAAGGAUAAGUGGAAAGACCCAGCUAUAGAUAGCAACGUUUGCUUUCAAUUUUUCGCGAGCACGAUCAAGUCAUAUGUGUAUUUUGAACCUGAGCCAAAGAAGAAAAUACUUCGUGUGUACAAUCUACGUGACGGAUGGCAUCUUUUCGAUCUCCAUCACCAAGGCGAUCCGAGUCUAAUUGUUUUUGGUACACGAGUGUUGGCAAUAUCGAAAAACGGGGCUUUGUUGGCAGUUAGUCUUGAUACAACAUCUAUCAACAUUUAUCUGAUGGAGAAUG